CUACGUUUAGAUUAGAUUAGAUUUGUUUUUUAUUUAAAAAUUUAAUUUAAAUCAACAUUUUUCACUCAAAAAAAAUAUAUCUUAACCGUUUAUAGCUUUGAUAUUUCAUCAUGGCGUUGUUCAAGUUGCAAUCUUCAUUAUUCCUAAUAUCCUACGAUGUCGUUAAAUUUCUCGAUCAUGUCCUACGAUAUCGUUAAAUUUCUUGAUAGAGUCAAAUAUUCUACUAAAUAAAUCAUAUUUCACAGUUUUAUGUAUUUAUUUGUUCGAGUUCAAUUUUAUUAGAUAUCUUGCUUAAAUUCUGCUAAACAAAAACUGGUAUCCAUAUAUUUAUAAUAUACAAAAUUUUAUUUUAUUUUUUUAACUAUAAACGUAAAUAAAAUUAAUAAUUAAAAUAAGAUAUUAAAUUUCUUUUAAUCAUAUAAAAUAAAUUUGUUAGAUGAACUUAAUUUUAAAAAAAUGCUUUUAUUUAUUAAUUGCAAUAUUUCUUACGAUAUAUUUUUUUCGAAAUGAAAAUAUUUUUAAUCUUUCGUCAAAUAUGAUACGCGAUGUUUACAAAAAAUUACACGGAAACUCAUAUUAUUUCAUCGACUACGAUAUCGCCAAAUUGAUACCAAAUCAAACCAUAUAUAACUUAUCAAUGAAUUGGGCUCACAAAUCGAACAUAUCUCUAAUAACAAAUUUAACAAGUGAUAAAACGAAGAAUAUAUUACUAUGGACAACAUUUUUUGGUGAUGAAACAUGGUCAAUUAAGGAUCUAAGACAAAACCCACUUAAAAAUUGUAAAUAUUCUUCAUGCGCGAUUUCCACCGAUAAAACUCAUUUAUCAAUUUCGGAUGCUGUAAUAUUCCAUUUAAGGGAUAUGCAAUUUCGUGAAUUGCCAUUUAAUCAUUCAUAUAAUCAAAUAUGGAUAUUUUUUAUGAUGGAAUCUCCUAUUCUCACAUGCUAUAAUGAACCGGAGAUACCUUACCAAUUAGACAAAUAUGAUUAUGUCUUCAACUGGACAAUUACAUAUUUGCCACAAUCCGAUAUCAACAAACCAUAUUAUACUUAUCUGGGAAUCGAUAUCAAAAAAUCGACUUCCAAUCAUUCCAAAAAUUAUGAAAUGUAUUCGAAAAACAAAAAAAAAUUGGCUAUCAGUGUUAUGAGCAAUUGCGCUUCAUUUAAUCAUCGACUUGAAUAUAUCGAAGAAAUACAGAAUCAUAUCACGUCAAUCCAAAAUAAAAUGAUUGGCACCGGGCCUACUCGUAGUCUAGAAGUGUAUGGUAGAUGUUCCAAUCGAUUCUCUGGUAGCGGUUCUCGGAUCUGUGAUUCUGAAGGGCAUGCAAAGGAUUGUUUGGAAAAUUUUAUAUCCAAUUAUAAAUUUUAUUUGGCGUUUGAAAAUGCUAAUUGUGCACAUUAUAUAACCGAGAAAAUGUUUCGCGCGCUCCACGCGGGUGUGGUACCCAUAGUGUUUGGGGCUCGAUACUCUGAGUAUGUCAAGAUAGCUCCCCCAUUUUCUUUUAUUUACAUCGCCUCGCCCCUGGCUAUGAAGACGAACGAAGUCGUUGGAAAUAUAUCUUCUCAAAAGGAUCCUUCUAUUCGAGAUAUUAAUCAAGAGGUACCAAAGAAUCACCCUUAUUUUCAUUCCAACAAUUUAGAAGAAGUAGCUAACUAUCUUUUGAAAUUAGAUUCCGAUGACAAGCUUUACGAUAAAUAUCACGCUUGGAGGAAAGAAUAUGAAAUAGUUCCAAGACUAGAUGAUGAAUAUCUAUGCCAAAUCUGUAAACAUUUGCAUAUUAAGGAUAUCCCCAAUAAAUCUUACAAAAUAUCCGUUUGGUGGAAUAAAGAAAGAGACUGUAAUCCUUAUCAAUAUGAAUGAUUAGAAAGGAAAUAUUUUUUUAAAAAAUGAACAAAUGAUAUUAUAAUUUUUUAUAGGUAUUAUUAUU